UCACAAUUGUUACAGCACCUAGUACUAGACCAUGGAGCUUACUCUGAUCAUAAAAACAGUCUUGUCGAGCCUCCAGGAUGGUAGUAUACCGGCAUGCAUUAUUGGUGAAAUAGCAUUAAACUACUACAAUGUCCCACGAGUUGUCCACGACAUUGAAAUAUGCGUACCAAAAUCUCUGUUGCGAGAGGCUACAUCUAUUCUGUGUUCCACUGGAAGAUUUCGACUGGUGAAGAAGAAAGAAUACGACAUAUACGGGGAAUAUAAACGAGGAUUUCCUACUCUCAUGACGACAGACAAGGACCCUCUCGUCGUACUUUUUCCAGAUACAUAUUUCUUUCUCUGUCCGGUUUCCCAUAAUAUAGUGUCAUAUGAGGGAAUACCGCAUAUAGUCUACAGCCAUGAGAUUCUGGAUCUAGUACCUACGGAUGAAGUACAGCAACUUCCAAUGCCAUAUCUGGCGCCGUUUUUCGUCGGUUUGUGUCGGAGAUUUCUCGAGUCAAGGGAUGUUAUGGCUAGGAUUGCCGCAGAGCAGUUAGUGGAUGGGAUGCGCCUGGAUGAAGAGUGGGCGCAAAUUAAUCUGAGUGAAGCCUCGCCUGAAGUGAGGAAGUUGGCAACUAUGCUGAUUAGCCAAAGAUCAUCGAGGGACGAUGAAUACUUUGGAUCUGAAGAGCUUCAUGCCGCAGCAGGCUUCACAAAAGUCGUGGAUCUGCGGUUGAUACCUGGAUCUGGGUAUUCACAAUUGCAGAAUCCAUCAAUGUCUUCUCUUGAUUUCAAUGCUGUUUAGUACUAUCUUUUAUUUCUCCUCUCGACCCAUGCAUAUGUGUCUAGAAGGCCGUAUUCUAGGAUUCAACCACGGAAAUAACUCUGAAUCCAUUGGCACACUUUGUACGUACAAUAUACUGCGUGAUGGCUUGCUGAGGGCCCGUACUCAACCAAUGAAAGGCCGCAUAAGAAGAUCCCCUGCUGGUACAUAAGGAGGGGGUUAGCUGACGUGGCAUGAUAGUGACUUCAAGGGAACUUUCAAAAUCCGGU